AUGGCUGCCCCCGCUGGUUUACCAGACCUCGACACGCUAGAUGUAUUUGCAUACGAUGACCCAGUUCGGGAUGAAAUGGUCGAUAUUGUCUCUGCAGACAAUACGCAUCCCCGAGUAAUCCAUGACUACGUUCUUGACUCUGUAGAUUGGCAGGCUAAUAACCGCGGCGUUGACAGAGGGGACGGAGCGGGACCACCCAACGGGGUUAACACCGUCCAGGGUAUUCUUGGCUUUGAUACGGAUGACAUGGAAUGUAUUAUGUGUAGCCAAAGAGGCGCUCUUUGCGCCGGGCAAUAUUGUAUUGACGCUGCCAAGGCGGAUUUUCAGGAUGUGGAAGACUCCAAGCUAGUGAUUAGGGAGGCGAGAUGGGGCUACGGAGUGUUUGCGUGGGCGAAUAUACAAAGUGGAACUGCCAUCGGCGAGUACUUGGGUCGUCUUAUGCCCCUCGAUUCUGCCACGCCCGCCAUCAGUCACUACAACUUUACGAUCCCCGGCCAUGCCGAUUGUGAUGCAGCGCAGUACGGUAAUAUCACCCGUUACGUAAACCACCACUGCGACUGUAACACCGUGCCAGAGGUGGCCAUGUACGGCGGGCGCGCCGCGAUGAUCUUCAGGACGAGCCGCUUCAUCAGGGCUGGCGAGGAGAUCACCGUCGACUACGGGCCAGAGUACUUCAACGCCGGCUUCCCCUGCCAGUGCGACGCGUUCGCCUACCCGCACACGUCCGAGAUGUACCGCAGGCGCGUCCAUCCUGACGGCAGUCUCUCCCCCCGGGGCGUCGGCACCUAUGGCAGCGCCAGGGGCCAGCGCGGCGGCGGUGCGAGGGAGCAGACUUUGCCCGGGCUCGGCGGACGACGCAGAGGCGGGUGGACCAGUAUGAACAUGGAAUCGAAGACACUGUUGAACAAUGUCCGGGGCGUUGGCCCACUGGAGCUCACAACAUGCCUCUUACUGCUCGUUGCAGUCCUGGGCGUGACGAGCACCAUCCUCACCCGCUACCGAGCCGGACUCCGCAGCAUCCCCGGGCCUUUCCUGGCAAGCAUAUCCAACCUCGACCGCCUCUGGAGCUGCUUCGCCGGGCAGAUGAGCUACCACCUUAAGCUGCACGAGAAGUACGGCCCGCUCGUCCGCAUAGGCCCCAAGCAUGUUUCCUUCUCCAACGGUAGUCUCAUCCCAAUGGUGUACGGCAUCAGCACCAGGUUCUGGAAGAGCGAGUUCUAUGACAUGUUCAACCUGGACGGCACGACCACGACGUUCUCCGAGCGGGACGAGAUGAAGCACAGGGUGAAGAAGAGACCGGUCGCAGCCGCCUACUCGAUGAGCACGAUAAAGGAGCUCGAGCCGAUGAAUGAUGAGUGCUCAGCCAUACUCACCACCAAGCUCGAGGGGUUGGUAGGGAAGGAUAUUGACCUUGGGGAGUGGCUGCACUGGUAUGCCUUCGACCUCAUCACAACCAUCGCAUUUUCCAACCGCCUUGGUUUCAUGGAGUCACAGACGGACGUACAGGGAGUCAUCGAGGCGCUCUCGACCAGGCUGAGAUACGUCAGUACCAUCGGACAGGCGCCAUACCUGCACAAGUACCUAUCCGGCAACCGCCUAGUGAGCUGGGUAACCAGUCACCUCCGAGACACCGACUCUCUCAACCCAACCAAGUAUCUCAUCGGCUUCAUCACGCAGCAGGUGCGGCGCCGCGAGACCAAGGACCCCAGCACGAUAGAGCUGAACGAUCUACUCGGCCGCUUCAAGCGCUUCAAGGACGGCGAGCAGGUCAUGGAUGACACGGAGCUGAUGUCCCACGCCGCCGCCAACGUCCUGGCGGGAAGCGACACCACAGCCGCAACACUGCGGGCUCUGAUUUACAACCUGUGCCGCAAUCGCGGCAUUCACGGUAGGCUACUCGCCGAGAUAGACGAGGCAGAACGGCAGGGCCAGCUUUCGGACCCGGUCACGUUCGAGGAGGCGCAGCAGCUCAGGUACUUCCAGGCGGUCGUCAAGGAGGCCCUGCGCAUCCAUCCCGCGGUCGGCCUCCUGCUCGAGCGCGUGGUGCCCAAAGGGGAUGCAGAAAUCGGCGGCGUUUGGUUACCCGAGGGGACAAUCAUCGGUAUAAAUCCAUGGGUUGCGGCGAGAGAUCGAUCCGUGUAUGGAGAGGACGUGUAUGCCUUCCGGCCAGAAAGAUGGCUUGAGGCAGACCCUGCACAACUACGACUGAUGGAGAGGAACUUCCUCGCGUUUGGUGGCGGCUCCCGGACCUGCCUGGGAAAGAACGUCUCCUUGUUGGAAAUAUCCAAGUUGGUGCCACAGCUGCUGACGAGGUUUGAUUUUGAGCUGUCUGAUCCCGCAAGGGAAUGGAAAUUGCAUGACUACUGGUUCGUUUGGCAAACUGGCCUGAUCUGUAGAGUCAUCCGACGGGAGAAGUAA